AGCUGUCUAGCUUGUGGAUUGCAGAUUGUUGAACAUCACAACUUGUGUGCACCAGAGCACAGGGAAAAGUCAGCCUCAUGGCCAGCAACUCCAAAAAGAAGAGCUUGGAAAGUCAGUAUAGGGUUCUUUUCUAUCUUGGCGAGGGUACAUUUGGCACUGUGAAAUUGGCCUUGCACCUGAAAACUGAGGCCCUGGUUGCUGUAAAAAUGGUAGAGAUCAGCAAGAAGACCCUCAAGGUUAUCCUGGUAGAACGAGAAAUACUGGCGACACUCAACCAUCCUAACAUCAUUCGCCUCUUCCAGGUUAUAGUAACAUCAGGCCGCGUCAACUUCAUACUGGAGUACGCAUCGGGAGGGAGCUUAUUUGAUUUAAUAAAGGAGCAUGGCCCACUGAAGGAGGAAGAGGCAAAACAUAUAUUUGCACAAUUAGUGGGAGCACUUAAAUAUUGCCAUAACCUUAGUAUUGUCCAUCGAGACAUUAAACCACAGAAUGUGCUCCUCGAUGAAGAAAGAAAUGUAAAGCUGACAGACUUUGGCCUGGCCAUAAAGUGCAGCCCUGGCAGAUUACUGAGCCGGAAGUGUGGGACCAAGAGGUUUUGGGCGCCAGAGAUACUGCUAGGACAGCCAUAUGAUAGCAGGAAGACAGAUAUAUGGAGUCUUGGUGUGCUACUAUUCUUCAUCACCACUGGGGACUACCCCUUUGCAGGAAGUACCUUGGUAGAGUUUGAGCAAAGGAUUACCACCGGGAGCUAUCGUAUUCCACCUUACAUCUCUGUUAAACUGGAAAAUCUCAUACACCAGAUCCUCACAGUUCCCCCUGAGAAGAGGCCCUCCAUUGAAGAUAUUGAGCAACAUCCUUGGGUCACGAAAUGUGAUGUAACUAUUCCNNCUGAUAGCUUCCCAGAUUACACCAUCAUAGACAUGCUCUGUGGCAUGGGGUUUGAUGCCAAUAAGAUCUUAGAAUCCCUGCAGAAGAAAAAGUUUGAUGAGAACAUGGGGACAUAUUUGCUUUUAAAAGACCAGGUAUGCAAAGGGAUUGAGUAUACACCUACCACUUCACCCAAGCCUGUGGAUCUGUACCCUGCGCCACCCCCAUCACCAGCACAUACCUCUACCUCGGGACUUCCCCGAAAAAGAAGGGCCAGUGAACCCAACUUUGGCCUCCUCUACAUAUGGCCCUCAGGACAGCAGGGGCCUGCCACCCUGAAACUUUCAGGACACAAGUUGGCCAGAAGUGUCUCCAUGCCUCCCAUUGCUCUUCAUUUUCCCGAGAAGAAGAGCACCACUCCUAGCUGUGCCCUCCAUACCGGAGCUGUGGCUGCCCCAUCGGUCUGCAACAUCAUAUUGGAAGACGAAACAUGCCUGCCACCUGAGAAAGACAUUGCCAUGGAAACAUCAUCUCCCCCUCUGAAGAUUGGGUUCUUCAGAAGAGUGCGCAAUCGACUCAGAAAUUGCCUCUCAAGGCUUUGUUGCAACCCCCCGGGCUCCAGAGACAAACACCCAGUGUAG